AUGUUGACUCGUUCUCAAACAUCAUCCAUUUUGGUCAUCAAUGAACAUUGUCACACUGAUCAAUCAUUAGCCUCAACUAGUAUCGAUCCAUUUCGAUGUAAUGCAAUUGUUUAUACUACAGCUUGUAAUACAGGAUAUAUUGAAAUACCAAAACGACAUGCAUCUUUUGUCACUUGGUCAAAUGAGAAUUUACCAUCUAUUGAUGAUCUAGUCAAAGCUGGAUUCUUUUAUACUGGUACUAAAACUAUUGUGACUUGUUUUUAUUGCAAUGGUUCUUUACAAAACUGGAGUUCUAAUGAUAAUCCAAUGAUAGAACAUGUUCGUUGGUUUCCACAUUGUGCAUAUGCGAAACAAUUGUGUGAUAGUGAAUUGUAUCGAAAGAUUCAAGAAUCAAAACAAAUUCAACAAGAAAAGAUGAAAGCUAACGAUGCAAACAAUCAAUCCGGAACGAGUGGUGGUAGCUCAAGCAAUGGACAUCUUUUGAUACCGGAUGAAAGCACUUUAUCGAGGCUUGUAGCUGCUCGACUUGAUCUGUCAAUUUCCCAAAGUCUACUUAAUCGUAAUUUCAAACUCUCAAUCAUCAAAAGAUGUUGGGAGGAUCAACUUCGGUUAAAACAUGAAGAUUUUGUGAGCGACUGUGAUCUAUUCAUGGCUUGUACAAUCUUGCAGAAACAAAUAGAACAUAUAGAUGGUAAGAAAGAAAACAUAAUUGUGCCAAGUAUGGCUAUGGCGAAGAUUCGAGAGAGAAAUCAAGCAGAAACUCAUGUUCAUGAACGACCAUCAUCAGAGUUGUCGUCAACAAAUUCAUCGGUCGGAAGCGAUGUUGAAAUGACAAUAUCGUCAUCAGAACCAGUUCGGAGUAGUGCAACUUCAAGAUUCUCUGACAUUAUGGAAGAGAAACAACAAGAUAACAAGAAAAUUUCAACUAUAGCUGCUCGUUUAUGA